UACUAUACGCGUGUGUGAAUGGGGUUUUUGGUUUCCUGUGAGAGUGUACUUUGAGUUUUGAGCCUGUAACAAUGAAGCGAUUUUUCAAGCCAAUAGAGAAAGAUGGUUCUGCAAAGAAACCAACACUGUCCACCAACCAAGAAGACAAUGAAAAGAAAGAGGCUUCAGAAUCAGAGGAGACCAACAACAAUGGCAAUACCAUGAAGAAAGAGCCAUUAAAGUUCAUUACUUGGAAUGCUAAUAGCUUGCUACUUCGAGUCAAGAACAACUGGCCUGGGUUUUCAAAGUUUGUCUCUGACAUUGAUCCUGAUGUCAUUGUCAUACAGGAAGUAAGGAUGCCCGCUGCUGGCUCAAAAGGUGCACCUAAAAACUCUGGAGAGAUCAAAGAUGACACAAACUCUUCUCGUGAGGAAAAGAAGAUAUUAAUGCGUGCUCUUUCCAGUUCACCAUUCGGAAAUUAUAAUGUUUGGUGGUCCCUUGCGGAUUCAAAGUAUGCUGGGACUGCAUUGUUAGUAAAGAAGUGUUUUCAACCAGUAAAGGUCUCUUUUGCUCUUGACCAAACAGCUUCAAAGCAUGAACCAGAUGGAAGGGUUAUUUUAGCUGAAUUCAAGACAUUCCGUUUACUAAAUACAUAUGCACCAAAUAAUGGUUGGAAAGAGGAAGAGAAAUCAUUUCAGAGGAGAAGGAAAUGGGAUAAAAGAAUGCUAGAGGUUGUUGUGCAGUUAUCAGAUAAGCCUCUUAUAUGGUGUGGUGAUCUGAAUGUUAGCCAUGAAGAGAUAGAUGUGAGUCAUCCAGAAUUUUUCAGUGCAGCAAAGGUCAAUGGCUAUGUUCCUCCAAAUAAAGAGGAUUGCGGACAGCCUGGAUUUACCUUGAGUGAGAGGAAGCGUUUUGGUGCUAUACUGAAAGAGGGAAAGCUGAUAGAUGCAUACAGAUUUCUGCACAAAGAGAGGGACAUGGAGCGUGGCUUCUCAUGGUCUGGAAACCCCAUUGGAAAGUACCGAGGAAAAAGGAUGAGAAUUGAUUUUUUCAUUGUUUCUGAGAAACUCAAAGAUAGGAUCAUUCAAUGUGAGAUGCAUGGGCAUGGAAUUGAAUUGGAAGGUUUCUAUGGAAGCGACCACUGUCCAGUCUCUCUUGAGCUCUCUCCAGCCAGUCCUGAUUCCAAUGAGAGCUGACUUGCCAUGGAUAAAAACUUGUUAUAUAUGUCCUUUUUUUCAUGGUGUAAAUCAAUAUUCGCACAUCUGGAAGUCAAAUGUUCUAAUGGCAGGCAUGACAAAUGAGAAUGGUUGGUUAUUGCCUGCCUGGAAGUUCAAGGCCCCAUUUUAUUAGUAAUUCUUUAACAAAUUCUUUCUUGCUA